CCCUCGCUAACCAGGGUGACUUACGUUCAUAUUUACAAAACAAUAUGGCCGUCUUGACGUGGAAAGACAAGUUGCAGAUACUCGAUAAACUUGCGUAUUGUCUUUAUCGAACGCACCUUGAUUUCAUUGUUCAUGGAGAUUUUCACUCGGCUUUGGAUAUUAUUCGAGGCCUUCGUCCAAAGAUCGCCGAGGGUACGCCAGAGUGUUAUAUCAAUGAGGUCAAAAAAUGCCUGGACGCUGAUCCUGAAAAACGAAAUCAUGAUUUUCAUUUUAAUGAAUGGUUGAAUAAUGAAUCGAUCAUGAAAGAGUUCGAGAAGGCCGACCAAAUUCGCAAACAAUCUAAAAUUACUGACGUCAUACCUAGCUUUUCCAACUUAUUAUAUACGAAUACAAGCAAAAUUCACAAAUUUGAUGACUUCGAACUGA